AUGAAGUUAAUUAGACCAUAUCCAACCCAUUUCUCCAUUUUCCACUCUAAAAUGGAGUUAGUCCAUUUUGUUGGAGUAGAGAGUGAGAUUGGAGAUGCCCUUGCAUGGGGUGCAACAGAUGAUUUAGGUCAAAGCUAUGUGACAUCUAGGAAGCAUGGGGAAACUCCAGAGCCUUUUCCUCUUCCUCCUGAUGUUUGUGUAAAGAGAGCUGAGGCUGGAUGGGCUCAUUGUGUGGCAGUAACAGAGAACCAUGAAGUUUAUACAUGGAGCUGGAGGGAGAUACCCACAGGGAGAGUGUUUGGACAGACAGAGGGACACUCUCGUGAAAGAAACAUUUAUUUUUCUACAGAACAAGGCAAUUUCGGUGAUAAGUUGGCGUUGAUGAUGAUUCUGGUGACGAGGGAGAUCUAUUUGCCUCGGUUGCGUUUUCCAUUAGUCUUGAGCGUAGACAAAUGUUCAAAGUGGCACACCGCUGCCUAA